GCCUAAAGAUGGAGCUGGCUUUGAGCUUGGGAGAUGCAACAAAGGGGUUCCCCAUACUGGACAAGGCCUCGAGAAUGCCCAACAAGGAAGCUGGUUUCUGCAUAGCAAUUGGUCAAGGUCUCCCUGAGAAAGCGUCAGAGCAGAAUAACGCGAGUCCCACAGAAGACAUCCAAGAUGAGAGAAGAGCCUCCUCAGAUCCGCCUCAUCAGCUAGACCUUCUCCCCUUCUCGCCGGUUCCUCGACCCCACCCAGCUUCCCAUCUUCGGAUUCCUUGGCUUUCCGAUUCAUUGGGAUCUCAACGUUUCUCACCGGAUGGAGGAGCGAAGGCAUUGGACGUCAACCAUAUGCCGGCAGUAGAAGCGGAGGAGGCAGACGACAGUACUCCACUGUCUUUGUCUCCUAAUAGUGUGUCGUCGUUUCACAUGGACUUCUACACAAGGAAUGGCAAUGCAGGAAGGAUGAGCAAGAGAGACCUUAAGGUUAAAGGUGACAGAGAUAGUUCUAGGGCCAGUGACGAUGAUGAAAAUGGGUCGACUUGCAAGAAACUCAGGCUUUCCAAACAGCAAUCGGCUUUUCUCGAAGAAAGCUUCAAAGAACACACUACUCUUAAUCCUAAGCAGAAACUGGUUCUGGCAAGACAGUUAAAUCUUCGUCCUCGCCAAGUAGAAGUUUGGUUUCAGAACAGAAGGGCAAGGACAAAGUUGAAGCAGACCGAAGUAGAUUGUGAGUAUCUGAAGAGAUGCUGUGAGACGUUGACAGAAGAGAAUGGGAGGUUGCAGAAGGAACUGCAGGAACUAAGGGCUUUAAAAUCGUCUCAGCCAUUUUACAUGCAGCUACCGCCGACCACUCUCACAAUGUGUCCCUCUUGCGAGAGGGUAGCCACUAACUCAUCAUCCUCUGCCUCCGUUGCUAAGGCCAACAAUGCUUCCCAGGCCUCCUUGCUCAUGUCUCUCUCCAACCCCAGAACAGUCCAUCCCUUUGAUCAUAAUAAUGCCCAGCCUCAUCCCACUCCUUCCUCAUGAUCACAAUCUGAUUCUCCCUUUGUCUUUUUGUUUCGUAUAUUUCUUUAUGAUAUUAUUAUAGCAGAAGAAGACAAUGCAUUCUCCACAUGACCUCUCUUCCAUUUGUAUGGUUUUCUUCUUUUGUUUUUGGCCUUUCUGGUUUCUGUUUCGGCCGUCUUUUUGGGGACCAAAACGACAAAAUGCGAAUGGCGUUA